UGCAUAUUAACAAUUUCCAUUGUUUCCAUUUAGUACCGAUAACAAAUCGAACGACAGUUACUUUGCAAACAUGAAUGAGAAUGUUGUUUGGUGAAGUUAUGAACAAUCAAAUCCUAACAUUUAGUCGCCCAAUUCCCCGUCCCUUUCGCCAAACAUCCAUUUCACAAGAAAAAAUACUCGUACUUGAGAUAUGAGGAUAGUAAAUAUGCAACCUUCCCUUUGUUCUUUCUAUGAGACACUCUCGUACAAUGGAAACUUCGAGAAGGUGAAUCUUCAAUGUUUUCAUGGAAGAAGGCAUUCAAUGGAGUUAGGAGAACGAAAUUUAACAACAUUUCAGGGUAUAGGUGUGUUCAAAGAGUUGAAAAGGCUAACAACAUAUGAAAAAAUGGCAGCACUAAAAUACUAUUUUGAUGGAUAUCUAGGGAACUCCAGUUAACAUAAUAAUAGGCUCCCAUGUCUGGGUUGAAGACUCAGAUGUAGCUUGGAUAGCUGGAGAAAUUGUAAAAUUAAAUGGACAAGAAGCUGAAAUUGAGACUGAAAAUGGAAAAAAGGUUGUUGCUAAAUUGUCAAACAUACACCCUAAAGAUAUGGAAGCUCCUCCAGCUGGGGUUGAUGACAUGACUAAGCUAUCUUAUUUGCACGAGCCAGGCGUUUUGCAGAACCUCCGCACUAGAUAUGAGCUCAACGAAAUCUAUACAUACACUGGAAAUAUACUCAUCGCAAUUAACCCAUUUCAAAGACUGCCUCAUCUUUAUGAUUCUCAUAUGAUGCAACAAUACAAAGGUGCACCAUUGGGAGAUCUAAGCCCUCAUGUGUUUGCUGUUGCUGAUGUUGCUUAUAGGGCUAUGAUAAAUGAGGGAAAAAGCAACUCAAUUCUUGUUAGUGGUGAAAGUGGAGCUGGUAAAACGGAGACAACAAAGAUGCUUAUGCGGUACCUUGCUUGUUUAGGGGGCCGUGCUUCAACUGAGGGGCGUACUGUUGAGCAACAAGUUCUUGAGUCAAAUCCAGUUCUUGAAGCAUUUGGAAAUGCUAAAACAGUCAGAAACAAUAAUUCCAGUCGCUUUGGUAAAUUUGUGGAGAUUCAAUUUGACAAGCGUGGAAGAAUAUCAGGGGCAGCCAUCAGAACAUACCUUUUGGAAAGAUCUCGUGUUUGCCAAGUCAAUAAUCCCGAGCGAAAUUACCAUUGUUUUUACCUGCUUUGUGCGGCUCCACAGGAGGAGAUUGAGAAAUAUAAACUAGGAAGCCCCAAAACAUUUCAUUAUCUUAAUCAAUCAAAAUGCUUUGACUUGGAUGGUGUGAGUGAUGCACAUGACUAUCUUGCCACUCGAAGAGCAAUGGAUAUUGUUGGAAUAAGUGAAACCGAGCAGGAGGCAAUUUUUAGAGUAGUUGCUGCAGUUCUUCAUCUUGGAAAUAUUGCUUUUGCAAAAGGAAAGGAGAUAGAUUCAUCAGUUCUAAAAGACGACAAGUCAAAAUUUCAUCUCAACACAGUUGCUGAACUGCUCAUGUGUGAUGCUAAGGCAUUGGAAGAUGCAUUGCUAAAACGUGUCAUGAUUACUCCGGAAGAAGUCAUUAAAAGAAGCCUUGAUCCUCUUAAUGCUACAGUUAGCAGGGAUGGCUUAGCAAAGACAAUCUACAGUCGACUGUUUGACUGGUUGGUCGAUAAGAUAAAUGUAUCAAUUGGACAAGAUCCUAACUCAAAGUCUUUGAUUGGUGUCCUUGAUAUUUAUGGUUUUGAAAGUUUCAAGCACAACAGUUUUGAGCAGUUUUGCAUUAAUUUUACAAAUGAAAAGCUGCAGCAACAUUUCAAUCAGCAUGUCUUCAAGAUGGAACAAGAGGAGUACACAAAAGAGAAGAUUGAUUGGAGCUACAUUCAGUUUGUUGAUAACCAAGAUGUUCUUGAUCUUAUAGAAAAGAAACCUGGUGGAGUUAUUGCCCUUCUUGAUGAGGCUUGUAUGUUCCCGAAGUCAACUCCUGAGACAUUUGCGUCAAAGCUCUAUCAAACUUACAAAAAUCACAAGCGCCUUCUCAAGCCAAAGCUAUCACGGACAGAUUUUAUCAUUUCUCAUUAUGCUGGCGAGGUUCUGUAUCAGUCGGAUCAGUUUUUGGAUAAAAACAAGGACUAUGUGGUGCCUGAACAUCAAGACUUGAUAACGUCUUCCAAAUGUUCAUUUGUUGCUGGCCUUUUCCCUCCAGUGGUUGAAGAGCCAACAAAAUCCUCAAACAAAUCUUCUAAAUUUUCCUCAAUAGGUUCUCGUUUUAAGCUACAAUUGCAACAGCUAAUGGAGAUCUUAAGCUCAACAGAACCGCACUAUGUAAGAUGCAUAAAGCCUAAUAAUAAACUACAACCUGCUGUUUUUGAGAAUGUGAACAUCUUGCAACAAUUGCGUUGUGGUGGGGUUCUAGAGGCAAUCAGAAUUAGCUGUGCAGGUUACCCUACUCGCCGACCAUUCUUUGAGUUUAUAAAUAGAUUUGGACUCCUUGCACCGGAAGCCAUUGAAGGGAACUAUGAUGAAAAGGUUGCAUGCCAAAAAAUAUUGGAAAAGCAAGGGCUAAAAGGGUACCAGAUAGGCAAGACUAAAGUUUUCCUGAGAGCUGGUCAGAUGGCUGAUUUGGAUGCCCGAAGAGCUGAGGUACUCGGUUCUGCAGCAAGAAUUAUACAGAGACGCACGCGAACUUAUUAUGCUCGUAAACAGUUUAUUGCAACGCGUGAAGCAGCAGUUUGCAUACAGUCUUCUGUGAGGGGAAAUCUGGCUUCAAAAUUGUUUGACAAGAUGAGGAGGGAGGCAGCAGCUAUAAGAAUCCAAAAGCAUGCACGUAGACAUCAAGCUAGGAAGAAAUACAGCAAACUUCGUGUCUCAGUGCUGGCCUUGCAGAUGACUUUACGGACGAUGGCUGCUCGUAAAGAAUACCAGAUAAGAAGGCGAAAUAAAGCAGCAACUCUUAUUCAGAGCCAUUGGCGUUGCCAUAGAGCUUCAUCAUACUACCGGAAGCUCAGAAAAGCAUGCUUAGUUACACAGUGCCGAUGGAGAGGGAGACUUGCAAAGAGGGAACUAAGAAAACUCAAGAUGGCUUCAAGAGAAACAGGAGCUCUGAAGGAAGCGAAAGACAAACUUCAAAAGCAAGUUGAAGAUCUAUCAUUGCGUUUGCAGUUAGAGAAACGGUUGCGGACAGAUUUAGAGGAAGUAAAGGCCCAAGAAAUAGCAAAGCUGCAAAAUACUGUGCAGGCUAUGCAAGGUAAAUUAGAUGAGACAAAUUGUUUGCUUGAAAAGGAGAGAGAAUCUGUGAAGGCCUUUGAAGAAGCACCUCCUGUUGUCAAAGACACACAAGUAAUGGUUGAAGACACAGAAAAAAUCAAUUCUCUGCAAGCUGAAGUUGAAAGCUUUAAGGCCUUGUUUGAGGCAGAAAAACAAAGAGCUGAUGAAUGUGAUAGGAAACUUGCUGAAGCACACAAACUGAGUGAAGAAAGGCACAAGAAGUUGGAUGACUCAGAUAAAAAAAAUCAACUUCUUCAAGAUUCUGUCAACAGGCUUGAAGAAAAGAUUACCAAUUUGGAAUCAGAGAAUCAAGUUCUUCGUCAACAGGCCGUCUCAAUGGCAUCAAACAGGUUUCUUUCGGGCCGUCAAAGAUCAAUGAUUCAGAGAGGAUCCGAGAGUGGUCAUUUUGCAGACACACAUUUUCGGGAUUUGCAUAGCUCUUCCAUGAAUCUAAGAGAAGCCGAAGUAGAAGAAAAACCACAAAAAUCUCUAAACGAGAAACAACAGGAAAAUCAGGAAUCACUUAUACGAUGUAUAGCACAACCUUUGGGUUUUGCAUCGAACAGACCGAUAGCUGCCUGCAUUAUAUAUAAAUGCCUUCUUCAUUGGAGAUCAUUUGAAGUGGAACGAACUAGUAUCUUCGACCGAAUAAUACAAACAAUUGGCCAUGCUAUUGAGAAAAGUCAGGAUAACAAUGAAAUCCUGGCUUAUUGGUUGUCAAAUGCUUCAACUCUUCUUCUGCUACUGCAACACACACUGAAAGCAAGUACUGCUGCUGGAAUGGCACCACAGCGCCGCAGACCAUCAUCAGCUGCUCUUUUCGGAAGAAUGACUCAGAGCUUCCGUGGAACUCCACAUGGAGUGAGUCUUGCAUUCGUCAAUAAUGGCAUGACCGGUGGUUCAGAUUCUCUUCGACAAGUUGAAGCCAAGUAUCCAGCUUUACUUUUUAAGCAGCAGCUUACAGCGUAUGUUGAAAAAAUUUAUGGAUUGAUUCGAGACAAUCUCAAGAAAGAAAUUUCGCCAUUGCUUGGAAUGUGCAUCCAGGCUCCACGUACAUCAAGAGCAAGUUUAGUCAAGGGUUCAUCACGUUCAGUUGCAAACACUGCUGGCCAGCAAGCUCUGAUUGGUCAUUGGCAAGCAAUUGUUAAAAGCCUCGGGAACUUUUUGAACACUUUGAAAGUCAAUCAUGUGCCUCCUUUUUUAGCUCGAAAGGUUUUUACACAAAUAUUCUCAUUCAUCAAUGUCCAAUUAUUCAACAGUCUUCUUUUAAGGCGUGAAUGUUGUUCAUUUAGUAAUGGGGAAUAUGUUAAGGCAGGUCUGGCUGAGCUUGAACAAUGGUGUAUCCUUGCGACCGAAGAGUAUGCAGGUUCAGCAUGGGACGAGCUGAAGCAUAUUAGGCAGGCUAUUGGAUUUUUGGUCAUACAUCAAAAACCAAAAAAGUCUUUGGACGAAAUAAGCCGUAACCUUUGUCCUGUACUUAGUAUACAGCAACUAUAUCGGAUCAGCACAAUGUACUGGGAUGACAGGUAUGGCACUCAUAGUGUGAGUCCUGAGGUUAUAUCUAGUAUGCGAGUACUAAUGACGGAAGACUCAAACAGUGCUGUUAGCAAUUCUUUUCUUUUGGAUGAUGAUUCAAGCAUUCCAUUUUCUGUUGAUGACAUAUCGAAGUCGAUGGAAAAUAUAGACAUUUCAGACAUUGAACCACCGCCUUUGAUCCGUAAAAACUCGGGCUUCAGCUUCUUGUUGCCUCGUGCUGACUAAACUCUCGCAUUUUUUGAGUUAGGGCAGAUGUUCAAACAUGUUCUUAAAUAAUUGAUUAGUAUUUUCUUGUUGUUCUUUGUUUUGUAAUGUUUGAUAGAAAUAAUCCUAGAAUGUAGUUACAUACAUGGGGGGUGCAGCCUUAGAGUACCCUUAUUUGCUUUAAUUGUACUAGCAAAUCAAGGUUUAAAAGGAAUAGCUUGUAAUUUUUUGCCUUUGGACUCGUGUACAUGGAAAGUUGAGCUCCUUUAUGCUUUUUUUUUUUAAAUUUUUUUUGAUUUAUUUCAGGGAAGGAUAAUCCCUUAUACGUAGGAGGGGAGAGAGGAUUGAUCUUCCGAUUACUUAUAUGUUAAAAGCAUUCAACAUAACUAGCAUUGCUCAAAUUUUGUUAUUACGAAAUUAUAUAUAAAUAUAAAUUUAAGUAAUAUGCAGUUAUAUAUUAUCGUU